AAGGGGAAGAAGAAGAAGAAGAAGAAGAAGAAGAAGAAGAAGAAGAAGAAGAAGAAGAAGAAGAGGAGGAGGAGGAGGAAGGGAGAAGACGAAGAAGAUGAACAGUCAACAGAUAAUCAGAUAGACAGACAGAUAGAGUGACAGACAGACAGAUAGAGUGACAGACAGACAGAUAGAGUGACAGACAGACAGAUAAUCAGACAGACAGACAGAUAGAGUGACAGACAGACAGACAGACAGACAGAGAAGAGACACACGACAGACUGCAGACUGACUGACAGAUAAACUAGACAGACAGAGGGAGACAGUGAAAGAGAAAACGGGAAGAGAUAUGUCGUAUAUAUACCUAUUUAAAUAUAUAUAUACUUAUAUAUACUUAUAUAUAUGCAUAUCUGUCUAUACUUAUAUCUGUGUACUGAAACCUAAUAUAAUCAUUUACUAACAAGCAGGAGUGUAUUACCCGACGACAGCAGCUACAACAAUAAUUGGUACAACAACAAAAAAGAACUACAAGGAAAGUGGGAUAAAGCGAAACUGGAAUUACAUUUAUCAAACGAUGAAAGCCGUAUCUCGGUGAUCUUCUGAACUAAAACUUUAAUCCGGCAUGUGUAAAUUAUCGAUUACCCAGAGAAAAGUUCAGGAAUCUCUAGAAAAUAUAUUUUGAUGACGUUAAAAACUGUUUAUAGCGAUGGGUUCAAUGUUAUAGACGAAGUCAAUGGUGCCCAUGGAUACGGAGGUGCGUUCUACGCAUCGAACUUUGAUCAGAAUAUGCAUUUAAAGCCGGACGAUGGCGACUUAUCCACAUCAGAAUUCCUCGACGAAGGCACAAUUGUGGAAAGACUGUGCAAGAGGUUUUUCAGUGGAGAAUACUACACCUAUAUUGGAGAGAUUAUCGUCGCUGUUAAUCCCUGUCAACCAAUUAGAAUCUAUGAAGCCGAGGUAAACCCGCUACUGGAACUAUUUGGAAAUGCUUCUACAGCACUCAACAAAAACUCAAGUCGUUUCUGUAAGUUCAUCGAACUUCAAUACUCAGAUGCUGGUCAGCUGCUCAAUGGUCAAAUACAAUCAUUUAUUUUGGAGAAAUGUCGUCUCAUACACAGACAGAAAAAUGAAAAGAAUUUUCACAUAUUCUAUGCUUUAUUGGGUGGUCUUGAGCCGGAACUCAAAGAGAAAUUCUACCUGGGUGAAGCAGCUGAAUACAGGAUUGUGCAAGGUGAAGAUGAAAUGGCACCUGUAUUCGACAACAACGAAGAUUACAAUAACUACAUUCAUAAAUUUGCAUCAUUAGAAGAGGCCCUACAAAAGAUCGGAUUCGAUAAUUUGGAAGUCACUGAUAUGUACAAUGUUUUAUCGGCCGUACUUAAUUUAACUAAUAUAAACUUCGAAGUGGAUGAAGAAGCCGAGGAUGGGGAGAUCGACGUACCAAACGAGAGUAAGAUAAUCAUAAACAACGUUGAGAACCUUCUAACACUCCAGGAAGACGUUCUUUACGAAGCUUUGAUAAGGAAAUCUUUAUUCGUGAAAGGUCAGAAGAUUACCAAACGUAAAAGAAUAGUAGAAGCAAACGAAGGCCGAGACGCUUUAGCUAAAGAACUCUACUCCCUCCUCUUCACCUGUGUCAUUGAUCAAAUCAACAGCAAAUUGAAGGAGAGUGUAUCACCUGAGGCCUGUAUACAAACCAGUCGUAAGUCUCCUUCAAUUAGUCUCUUGGACAUAUCUGGCUUUGAAAAGCUUUCUGUGAACGGGUUUGAACAGUUGCUGAUUAACACAGCCAACGAAGUGCUUCACCAAAUCUUUCUGACGAAUGUCAUCAGACGGGAACAAGAAGAGUACGAAAAGGAAGGAAUUCACUGGAAAGAUAUACAGUUCCACGAUAACAAAGACGUCAUAGAUUUGAUUUUAAAGAGUGGAGGGAAUAAGGGUGUAAGCAUCUUCUCCAUCCUUGAAGACCAAGCCAGUUUACAGAAGAUUUCGGAUGAAGGCUUGGUACAGAAACUAAACGAAAAUUGCUCGCAAAACAACCGAUAUAUUCGCAGAAAUGAAACUGAAAUAUCAUUUGGUAUCAUCCAUUAUGCAGAUCAGGUCAUCUACAAUGCCAGUGGUUUGGUGGAGAAGACAAAAGAUACUUUAUCCAAAUCGCUAAGAUCCGUGAUUUUUUACAGUGAAAACCCACUUUUAAGACGAUGUUGCCCCACCGGAAAUGUUGGGAGUUUCAGCAAGAAGGGAAAUACGCAAUUAAAUGAGACAGGUGUGUCGAAAAUGAAUGAGACUGUGACUAAACAUUUCCAGAUAUCGAAUUUGAAAUCUUUUCAAAAAUCUCUCAGACAACUUCAAACCAAAUUAAAUCAAUCGAAGCUUUUGUUUGUCAGAUGUCUGAAGCCUAACACCCACUUAAAACCGAACAAGUUCGAUCAUCGAUGCAUGCAACAACAGUUGAGGGCCAGCGGAUUAACCGAAGCUGCAAAUAUUCGAAAAGAUGGCUAUCCUAUAAGACUGCCAUUUGCGAAAUUCUCUAAAAGGUACGGUCAUUUGCUCAAGUACGACUUGCAAGAUCAACUAAUUGAACCGCAGAAGAAAUGUGAGAUGAUCAUCAAUGAAUUGAAAUUACAGACCUGCUGUAUUGGCAAGACCAAAGUAAUGCUGAAAUACCAGGACAAAGAUAUUCUAGAAAAUCGUCUCAAAGAACAUGAGGAUCGUAAUUUUGGAACAAAUGUCUCAAAUAUCGCAGCUUCCACGAGAUCUUCGUUUUCUAGCAAUGGCCCUAUACAAGAGAACAGAGUAAACCUCUUAAAACACAAACUCGGUGUCAAAGUAAAGACUGAUCAGUUGAAAGAGAUCAACAUAAGUGAAACCCCAGAGAGAAACAUAAUGGACGACGAAUCUUUCAGCAAAGAUGAGGGAUGCGUACCACGUGAGAUCGACAACGAGAUUGAUUUCUUCAACAAACUUUUGAAGCUUCUUCGAAUCCUCUUCUAUUUAUUUACAAUCUGUGGAAUUCUAGUCACGGGAGUUGUCAAUCGGAUUUCUUUACAGCUAAUGGCCACUGCUAAACCUCCCCACUCGAAAUCAGCCCACAGCAAAUUGAUUAUAUCCCUAGUUGUACCAACAGUAAUAUUUUGGAUGCUCACUUUGGUUAGGUCCGUCUUCAGGAAAACAGAAUGGCCGUCGAAGAAACUUCUCUUCAGCGUGUUUCUAUUUGAAUGCGUACAAAUAACAGGCAAAGCAUUAUUCCUCUUCCGUAUUAUUCCAACCCUUGGAUUGUUUCGAUCUUCUGUGUUGAUUCUUGGAACUGGUCAGGUCCCUGCAGUAAUGUUACUUCUAGAGCAGAUCUUCGGAGCGAAAUUUCAAAAGCUUUCCACGCGAUUCUUGGGCCUGAUUUUCUACUCACUUGCUUGCUGCAUCCAAAUAGGAAUCAUACCAGUUUUCUACAUCACCGAUUUCUUUACGUGGACAACCGAUCGAGACGAGAAGAUAUCGGAAACGGAAAACUGGAUUGUACCAAUUGCUGUUGUGCUGACGUCGUUCACAUGGUGGGAGAACUACGCCUUCUUUGACAUUCAGUGCUGUAGAUUGUCGAUUCCAUUAAAAAGACUACGGAAUCGAAUCGAGAAGACAAGAGAAGCAACUGAUAUCAUCACGGUACCACUGAAAAUGGUGCUUUUCUUUUGUUUAUCUUUAGCUCUCUCCCACCAAGACAUACAGAAUUUUCUCCAAGACUGGAAAGAUUCUUUAAGCACUGAUUACAUGCUUGUCCAUUUACAGGGUUACGGUGUAAUGUACGUGCAUAUCGUGUCAGGACUUAUAUGUUGCUAUCUGGCCGGUAUGGCUUGUAAACUUCACAUGCAGAAAAUCGGAUUUUCUUUGCCGUUAAUUCUCGUCACUCCGGUGUCGGUUGGUCUCAACAUAGCUCAAUGCACCAAAAAGAUUGUUCCAGAUAAUUUGGUCACUGAAAAAUGGGCUUGCUUUAAAAUGGAAAUCCCUGGAGAGAUACUCACACCGAUUCUUAUGAUGGGUCUUCUGUUUGUCUCUAUUAUAAUCAUCACAAACCAUAUCUGGAUGCCGAGUUCCGAAAGAAUGUCACAAAUAAAGAAAUUAUUUGUAUUACCACACUAUGAACCAAUAUUCCCCGAUAUGGGAUUGCUGCUACGACGCCGACAAGACGUAAAAGAGAAGUCGUUCCGAAUAAAGAAGGAAGGUCUUGAUGAGAACAACACGCGACCAAAGAUCCUUAUCUGCGCCACAACGUGGCACGAAACACGCCAAGAAAUGUUACAGUUACAAAAAUCUCUAUUCAGGCUUGACUUGGAACAGGUCACGAAAAAACUGGCCCAAAAUUACGUCACCAGUUACAUUGAUGUCAACAGCUACGAACUCGAAAUUCAUGUCAUAUUUGAUGAUUCCUGGGAAACGGACAGCAACCACAAUCGAGUGCCUAAUGGCUAUGUCAGAGAAUUUGUAGAUCUAAUUCCGGAAGCCGCUGAGUCAGUUGCUAAAGGUUUUAUCCGUCUGAAUGAUUUCAAAAAAGUGUCGACACCUUACGGGGGCAGAUUGGAGCUUGUAAUGCCAGGUGAUACCCAAAUGAUUAUUCAUCUUAAGGAUAAAGAUAAAAUCAGACACAAAAAGAGAUGGUCACAGCUAUUGGGCUUUAAAAUGUUUGGUGAUCGAGGAACAGACAAUGAAAUCUGUGUGAGUACUGAAGUUCCUGGCCUCAAAAAACGUAAAACUAAAAGCCAUUCCAAUGCAUCCAUCCUGAACCACCUCUCCGAUGAAGAUUUCAAAAGGAUUGAAAAAACCUUUAUUUUGACAUUGGAUGGUGAUGUGGAUUUUAAACCCAAUUCUGUCAAACUUCUUAUUGAUCGAAUGCUGAAGAAUUCUAAGGUCGGUGCCGUCUGUGGAAGAAUUCAUCCAGUUGGGUCAGGACCCAUGGUAUGGUAUCAACAGUUUGAGUACGCUGUAGGCCAUUGGCUGCAAAAGGCUGCAGAACAUGUUUUUGGUUGCGUUCUUUGCUGUCCAGGUUGUUUUUCUUUGUUCCGUGCCUCCGCUAUCAUGGACGAUAACGUCAUCAGAGCAUACACUCGGAAACCUGUGAAAGCGCGUGACUUCAUCCAGUAUGAACAAGGGGAAGAUCGUUGGCUGUGUACCCUUUUACUACAGCAAGGAUAUAAAAUCGACUAUUGUGCCGGAGCUGAUGCAUUUACAUUCGCACCAGAGAGCUUUCAUGAUUUCUUCAUCCAAAGACGUCGAUGGGCGCCCUCAACAAUCGCCAAUAUCAUGGAUCUUCUAUCAACAUGGAGGGUUACAGUUAGCUUAAACGAUAACAUCAGUGCUCUGUUUAUAUUAUAUCAAUUUAUCUUAAUGACGUCCAGUAUAUUAGCCCCGGCUACUGUGAUUUUGAUGAUUGCUGGCUCCUACAGUGCAGUACUCAAGCUGAGCAUGUGGAAGUCAUUUGCCCUUUCCCUUGUGCCUGUUAUUAUCUUUAUCGUCGUUUGUUUAAAGGCUAAGACCAGCACUCAGAUAACGUUUGCCGCUUUCAUGACCAGCGUUUAUACUGUAGUUAUGGUUGUCGUAACCGUCGGAACGCUUGUCAACAUCCUUGAUGAAGAUUUAAUUUCACCUAAUGUCGUCUUCCUCGCUGGUCUUGCUAUUAUAUUUUCCGUCUGUGGCCUUUUACAUCCUCGAGAAAUCGUUUGUCUUAUACAUGGUAUUUUAUAUUUUCUCACUGUGCCAUCGUCGUUUAUUUUCCUCACGGUCUAUUUUCUCUGCAAUUUGAAUAAUGUGUCGUGGGGUACUCGAGAAAAUCCGAAAGUUUCUGAAGAUGAAGCUGUGAAAAAGGCGAACGACGACAAAAGGAAGACGAUUUUCAGUCUCUUUAAUUUGAACAGCUUAAGACCAAUCAUUGACGACUUCAAGAAAUUUAUUUACGAUAUUCUUGGUAAGAAACCCGGGGAGAGUACGGAAACGCGAGCAUUUGAUCCUGCAUCCGAUGUAGAAAACCAAAAGCCGACCACACAGUUACAGUCAAUCCAGGCCGGAGUAAAAGUAAUACGGACUAAAAUCCCUGAUGACUUACAUUUAAAAGUAGACCCUUUCUACUGGCGGAAGUUAGAGUAUCUAGGCAACGGAGAAGAAUGUUGCGUGAACGACGAUGAAGUGAAAUUCUGGAAUUAUAUACUUCGAAAGUAUCUGUAUCCUUUAAAAGAGGACAAAGACGAGAAAGAAAGGAUCAAAAGAGAUUUAGACACGACUCGAAACAAUGUCGUGUUUGGUUAUUUCCUGCUCAAUCUCUUGUGGAGUGUUGCUGUUAUGCAGUUACAAACCAUGAAACAUGAACUGUUACCGUUCUUUAUAUUGAAAAAAUACGAACCAAUAUCUGUGAUAUUUCUGACAGUCUUUGGCCUCGUGCUUACAUUUCAAUUUGUCGGAAUGUGCAUGCAUCGUUGGGGGACCUUUUUGCAUCUCAUGUCCACCACGCACAUCUUGUCAAACGAGGUAGAGAAAAACCGUAUGAUAGAAAAUGUGAUCCGAAGCAUGGCAUCGGCCUCAAGAGAUAUAGACAUCCAGCCAGAUUACUCCAGUGAUGAGGAAGACUCUGUAUACGAAGGCCAGCUUCCUGAAGAGGAUUAUCCAAUUGACGAAUCUAUAGAAGAAGAACCACCGAAGAGUGUUUACGAAAGAAUAUAUCAUGACAGAUUGAAAACUAUACGUAGGGAUUUUAAUAAGCGUGUUCCAAAGAAUCGUAGGGGUUUUUACAAAGAUACAUUCCUUCCGAGUGACAACCACGGAUAUACAAACCAAGUCUUCAAUAACGUCUGAAAUAACGUGGAAGUUAUUGUUUGUAAUCUUUGUCUGUCUAUGUUAUGUUCUUGCGUAUGAUUGCUACCAUUCCAAUUAUGAUGGAAAACAUUUAAAAAAGAAAAACAAAGAAAAAUCAAUAUUAUUCAUUAUCAGCACCAAUUUGAGACAAGAAAGAAAAAAAAGACAAGCCCACUGGCAUGAAUCGAAGUGUGUAACCGAUCGCUAGCCGAUUGAAUUUGUUUUCGAUUAGACUACAGAAGGCUUGUUAGGAUCUCUGUCUCAAAUGAACUCCAUACUUUUUUUUGCAGGUUUACCUUAUUUAUUUAUGA